CGUUUAAAAAGAGCUCCGUUAACGCUUCAGAACGUCAGUCAGGGAUUUUGUUUGCAGCUGACCACAACGCCAACGGUACAAGGAUGGUUUCAACAGGAAAGACAAACGUCCUUUUUCUUGUCCUAGGAUUUCAUUUAUGUUUAAAUUUAGCCCAGGGAAGGAACUUCUAUAAUGUUGGUGUGAAGUAUGGGGUAACAAUGAACGUGUACUCUGGACGGGACAACCCUAGCUGGGUUAUAGACGACAAGGACCCUAUGUACUCGCAGAUAUCGUGGGCCGUAAACAGCAACCCACCUACUGACCUAGACGACGACCACCUUGGCUACUGUGGUUUCACAGUACAAGCCACAAAUGCUCUUGGUCAGACUGCCUACAAGACUGUUGGGCGUCACACCAGUAGGACGAUAGAGUCUAUGCUGCUGCGUUCUUGCCCAUCCAGCCUCCAGCUCAGUUCGGGGCUGAUGAACCACGUGACUUCAGGCAUCAUGGGACAGAUCCGAGUGACAAAGCCCCAAGUAGCGAAGAUUUCCGUGACCCACAACAAUGAAGAGGAUAACUUUACAAUCAAAAUCCGCCAGACAAUUGGGGGCCGGAAGAAGCGGCAGGCGGCUAUGUGCGCCACCAGAUUCGCCCCAGAGAACUGGAACUACGCGCCAGUACAAAGAAGCAAUAACUGUUACAAUUAUGCCACAAACAUACAGACCAACACUUUUGCUCAGCCAGGACGUGCUUCCGGUCGUCGCUACACCAGAACCACCGCAGCUAACGUCUAUGCGGCCACCUUGCGUGAUGGCCUAACGCCCCUUUCCCGCCCUGACGCCGGAAACCAGUGCUUGGUUGCUCUUGUUAUCUGGCCGGGAGAGGACUACCAUUUCUUGCGUCUGGAUAACGACGGAUCAUGGUCACAGAAGAGCGGACGCACGCGGGCACGUAACGUUGACGAUAGUGGAAGACGUAUUUUUGACCCCCGGACUGCCGACAGAGGUCCAUAUGUUGUAUUCGCUGGUUUUCUCGGUGUUGGACCCAGUGCUAACGUUCGUUAGUUCUGUAAUAUAGAAACACAACACUAACCUAUAGGCAAUAAUCGCCACGUGCCUCAAAGUUACAAAGUAUUAUUUUCAUUAUAACUGAUUUUAAAAUCUGGAAAUAACAGUAUGACCAAUAUUAGCUGCAAGACCCUAACACUAGAAAAAAACAAACGAAUCCGGUGUCGCUAAAAUCAAAUGUUGAGACUUUUUGUGCUUUAAACCGAAUUUAAUUUUACUUCUGGAGAUGUUUUUUAUCCGAAAAUAGGGCUGUUUAUACCAAAUAUAUCUUCUUUUACAUGUGUAAAAUUGUGAUUUGAUGUCUUUAUUCUGUCCUGUUUCUUUAUUCAAACCAUUUAAUUGCACAUUACAAAAAAUAUGUGAUCCGAACGUUGACGUCAAUUGGAAGUCAAGCUGACUUGGUUUUAAUUCCCUGAAUAAAUAAAUUAAAAAGUACACAGCAAAAUCUUCAAAAUCAAAUUUAAAGACGAAUUGUAAAAAAACUUGGACACUUUGAAAACACCGAAAAUAGUGUGAUUACAUUUACUACUUAUUGUAUUUACGUGUUGUCGUAUUGAUGUUUUGUAUAUUGUUAUUUUAAUUAUUUGU